UUUCUAUUCAUGUUUGUGCUGUUUUCUUUUGUAUUUGCUCUAUUUCCAUCAUUCCAAUUUUUUAUUUUUUAUUAUCUUUCUUUGACGAUGUAUUGUAUCAUUAUACAUACAUCUCAGAGAUCACGCUGCGGUAGUUUCUUUCAAUGCUAGAAUGUUGUCUAGAACAUGUCGUACACUUGACCCAAUCAUCAUACUAUGAUAUAAACUUUCCUUCGUUAUUUGUAACCAAGACACCAGCUUGGAAUAUUAUUACUUGGGUACCAAUACUGACUGGUAAAUUAGUCCGCACUCCUUCAGUCUCAAGUAACGGAGAAGACACAUCCGGAAUCAACAUGGGUGUUUCAAAGGCACGGUCUCGAUUUAGAGAAGACCUGAAAUCAGCAGCCGAGAAGGCCUUUGAUCACGUCUCAAAUGUCCAGAAGGGAGAUACUGAUGACGAGUUCAUCUUUUCACUCAGCUACCCGAACGUAGAGACGGGUCUCUCUUACGAGAUACGCGUUCAUGUUCAAAGUUAGUAUUAUUAGCAUAUUCCUUCCAAUGUUAUAUUGGCCAAUAUGAUGUCUAUGACGUCUCUGUCUCUUGCCUUGACCUGAUCCCCGUAUUGAUUAUAGCAAACUAAUGGUGAGGGAAAUUAUAGACGUUGAAUUAUAUCCCCAUCGACACGUCCCUCUUGUUUACACAAACGACCAAAUAGAUGAUCCAGUAGCACAUGUGCUAAGUGCAUCUCCCUUUAUGAAGGGCAUGAAUGUUGAGAGAAUAAUAGCAGCCCUCUCAAAAGUGAUCCAUCGUGCGCUGUUGAACGAUGGCACAGGAAUAGAAGAAGCGGUAAAUUAUGCAGACGAAUUGGUCAUGGCUGAUCCCUACCGCAACAAUGACAAAUCGUUCAGCGUGAGAAUAGCUUCCAAGGAUACGAUUGAUUCUCACUCCAUGGCGAAUUUGUCGUCCUUGGAACUAUGCCGAAUUCAAAAUGAUCUUCGUGCUGCAUCUCAGGCAGGGUUCAAUGUAGGAAUAGUGUGUGGUUUUACGGAUGGGGAAGACCAACACAUUCUGUCGAUUUCUAUUUGUGCAAGCAAGUUAGGUCUCCCCAAGGAGUCCCAAGAAGCAUGGGGCAUUACACCGACUGACUAUAUUGUUGUUCUGGUCAAAUAUGAACGACGGUACUUCUCUAUGGAAGAGGCACUCGCCACCUGGCCGGAGAACUACCUCGGAAUACAUUUCCGCCUUAGAAAGUGCACCAAAAACAUACCAUCCGUUGAAGAUGCUGUAGCAGCCUUCUGCCCCAACAGGACUGAAGAUAACAUCGAAUUACCGCACGCACCCGAGCUAUCACGCCUUUGGAUUAGCAAGUCGAUUGAUGAGUUCAUGAAUGCCGACUUCUUCGGAAUGCUGAAGCAACGAAUCGGUAAUGGCUUGUCCUGGGACUCGGCAAGGACGAUGUUUCAUUCAAUAAAUGCUGCCCCGAAUUCCGAGGACCGGAUUUCCCGCGAAGAAAUGGCAAAGGCGGAGAGAACCGCAGGCCAUAGUCUUAACAAGACUCGGAUACCCCCUUUUCUUGUCGCCGAUCACCUUUCAGACAAGGGGGAGAAAUCGCUGCCACUUGUGGCGGCACAGUUCGCCUUGUACUACCUAAUAUCCUCUCCUGAGUACUGCGCGGUCUGUCACCGAAAGGUGGAAAGCAGCACCGGGGCCUUGCGACCAUACGUUUGCAGCUCAGCCCUAUGUCUCCACCAAUUCAUUGACUUGGGUCUCGGCCCGAGCAUAGAGUAUGAGAUUGUACAACAACCCAAGGUGGUUGAUCUCUUGAUAAGCUUCUGUUAUGCUGCUCUUGUCUCACCUUUGAUACCCGCCUUUUAUGGUAACAGCCGUAAAAUACGUGGUGUGCGAGAGUUUCCUAUGGGGUUAAACUUGCAAACACCUCAAGUGCGCAUCGGACCAGCUUUCAUACCUUAUUAUGAAAAGGUUUCUAAGCCAGGAAAAAGUGAUUCUAAGCCAGGAAAAAGUGAUUCUCGUCUUGUGUUGUUCCGUGGAGCAACGCUAAUAAAUCCCCUGGAUGUAUCGUUCAGCUGGAACUCGUCUACAGCUACAAUUAACUUGGGUAGUGAGGGCCAACGCCCAAAGAAAGGCCAAUGGGUAAUGAUCGUGGCAAAAACUAUGGACGAGAGCUGGGGCGGGGCAUCCACAGUGUUCCACCAUGCUCGCGUUGUUUUCAAGAAGGGAAUGGUUCUGCACUUGGAUCUUCAGUCACGACAUCUGAUGCCUACCACCACAGCAAGGCAUGGUCUAAUUGAUGGUCAAACUUUGAAGGAAAUAACACCUGAUCCCGUACCGGCCCUCCUUGUUCGUUGCGAACAGGAUUUUAAUAACCUCAACAGGUACAAUAAGGCCUUCUCCUUAGCAUGUCUCCUCGGAAGCUUGCCACCGGUGGAAGAGAUGAAGGCUUACUUGAUGGAAAACAAGCUUCAGUCGUUGUCGGAAUGGGACCGGAUAAGUAAAUCGGGUCUGGAUUUGCUGAGGUGGAUCAUAGCCUCGAAUCGAUCAUACAUCGUAGAAGUGGAUAAUGGGAAACCGGGCACUGAAACCUCUCGCCCACACGAGAAGAUCUCUGGUGUAGAUGGAUGGGCCCAGUUCAGAUUUGCCCAAGGAUCUCCCGCAAAGGAGGUGCUUUUUAACGAGGCACUCGAAGGCAUCACCGAACAACCGAAGACUCUCCUUGGGUGGCACGGAAGUCCUCUCGACAACUGGCAUAAUAUUAUCCGCCAGGGCUUGGACUACGAAGAAGUAGCCAACGGCCGAACCUAUGGCGACGGGAUAUAUUUGUCCAGAGACUUCGAUGUCAGUCUCAAAUAUACACAGCGAAGUGCGAUAAUGGAAUCGAUGAUAUGGCCUCAAUCUUCGUUAAAGGCUAUCACUGCCAUGAGCUUGAACGAACUCGUCAAUCUUCCGGAUAAGCUCCAAUCAAAAGACCCAUUCUUCGUGGUACAGCAUUGUCACUGGACUCAGUGCCGGUAUCUCUUUGUCCAGCUCCUUCCUGAUAGGAAUCAGACCAACCCACAGACUGAAUCACAGGCCGAGCCACAGACCGAACAGAAUGAGGUUAUUCAUGCAAACAAUGGCCAGGUUGCCGAGUUUGUGCAACAUCCAUCUUACAUAGCCACAGGCCCUCUGGUGGAAGGGGUCCCUUCCACCUUAUUUAUUCCAAAGAAUGCCAUUCCCUCGGCUCAGGACGACCCAGCAGGACCCUUAGAUCAUGAACUAAACAAACAGACAAUCGACAGAGGUGAUGAAUCUAACAAAUACAUUGACAUUAGCAAAUCCGACUUCCGCCCGGGCUCGCUCGAUCUUUCGACCCUCCCACAGUUCGCGCCGCCCUCAUACGCAACCAGCGCUGCCCAACGGGCCUUGGGGCAGGAGAUUGCGAAGCUCCAGCAGGCGCAAUCGAAGACGCCCCUCCACCAGCUCGGCUGGUACAUCGACUUUGAAAAGAUCGACAACAUGUUCCAGUGGAUCGUCGAGUUCCACUCGUUCGACCCAGAACUCCCACUCGCGAAGGACAUGAAGGAUUAUGGCCUCACUAGCAUCGUCCUCGAGAUCCGCUUCCCGCGACGGUUCCCCGAGGCGCCCCCGUUCGUGCGGGUGAUCACCCCUCGCUUCCUCCCGUUCAUACGCGGCGGCGGCGGCCAUGUGACAGCCGGCGGCGCGAUCUGCAUGGAGCUGCUCACCAGCACGGGCUGGUCGGCAGGCAACAGCAUGGAAGGCGUGCUGCUACAGGUUCGUCUGGCGAUGUGCAGCGUCGACCCCAACCCCGCUCGUCUGGAGGGGAAGGGGUCGGGCUUCUACUAUACUGGCCGGACGCGGUACGAUCUGGGCGAGGCCAUGGAGGCGUACGAGAGAGCUGCCAGGGCCCAUGGUUGGGAGAUUCCGAGCGACUUUCGUGAGGUGGGAUCUAUGAGCCUCAGAGUCUGAUCGGGAUCUAGAUCACUCGGCGACCCUCCCUCACCGUUGAACCUGCUUUUGUGGCAUUUGUCCUCGCUGUUGAGAGGGUGGGCACACUCACUUUGAUCUUCUUUUUCGAAACUUGGUUUCCGGGUUGACUAGGUGGUUUAAUGUACAACAUACUGUGUAGACUACUACUGUAUUCUACGAUGUGCCGCCUAAUUCGAGUGACGGAUUCGUGCCCGAUCUCUUGACGGUGCCAGUGGGUUUCAGGGUUGAUUGGAGAGAAAGACAUUAGGUCUGUGGAUAGGUGGGAGAGUGGGUAUCUAUUUCCGUGCCUCACUCUGUAACUAAUACAUACAUGGAAUCAGAUAACGAUUCCCGUGAAACCAAGUAAUAAAAAACCGCAUUGACCAAGAAUAUGUGAUUA